GUAUUAACGCCGUCACAGAAGUUUAACACAAAUGUUUAAAAAAAAACAAACAUUGUUUUGCUUGUUUUAAAAGCAUUUUAUGAUCCAUCAGUGAUUGGUUGAAUGAUUUCACUUUUCUGUGAAUCCGUCGUCUCAUUGGCCGGUUCCUUAUCAUCACUGACCCGUUCACUCUUCUGUGUUUUUGUGCUUUUAUUCUCUUUACGUUCAUAUAACAGACAGAGCAGAGGGUGCUCGGCAUGCUGGGUAAAGGUGAGAGAACAUCAGAACUCACAAAGACGAGGAGGAGGAGUUGGAGGCGGAGCCAUACUGUGGGCUGCCGCCGCAGCCUUCUCCCUGUUCAGAAGUGAGGAAGAUGAGCGAGACGAAGCCCAGAGGAAAGAGGACGAGAUGAUCCUACUGCUGAAGAAGGCCAAGCUCAAUCUCCACCGUGGACACCACCAGGCGGCCUCCUCCUUCCUCCAUCAGGCCGUUGUCCUGGCUCAUCAGACCCACAACACUAACGCCAUUGUCUACACCUAUAGCCUGAUGGCGAACCUGGCCUACGUCCAGGGUGAACUGGACAGUGCAGAGAAGCUGUUCAAAGCAGCCAUGAGCUUCAUGUUGUCCAAUGGGACGCCACUGGAUGACAACGCUGUCAUCGAGAUGUCUCUGAAACUCACAACCAUCUACGCUGAACAGAGCAAGGCGGAGCUUGCUGAGCAGGGGUUCAGGUUCUGUGUGGAGUCUCUGGAGUCCAAACUAGAGAAGGACACUUCAGGAGAUGAGCAGACAGAGGAACAGGAGGUUCUGAGGAAGGACACCCGCCUCCUGCUCGGUCUGUGUCUGGACUCUCGGGCUCGGUACCGGGCCUCAACGCGGAACCUGAAGCAGGCGGAAGAGGACUAUAAGAGAGCCCUGGACAUCUGUACCCAGGAGCAGGGAGAGACACACCCACAGACUCUGGUGCUGAUGAGCGACCUGGCCACCAUCUUGGAUCUGCAGGGUCACCAUGGAGACGCUCUGGUUCUGGUUCAGAGGGCAGUGGAUUUGAGCCGGUCUGCAGGACAUCCGGACCAACAUGUCCUGUUGGGAAACAUGGCGGGCAUCCUUCUGCACAAAGGGCAGCUGGACGAGGCCGUCCACUUCUACCAGGAGGCGCUGAGACUGGCCCGUCAGAACCAUGACCAGGAGGCUGUGGACCAGAUCCAGGAGGGUCUGAGGGAGGUGACGAGGAGGAGGCGGAGCCAGGAGGAGGAAGAGGGAGGAUCAGAUGAGUGAAGAGGGCGUCUCAGAGAUAGACCAAAUGGGAGGAGGAGGAGGACAGAGAGAUGGGAGGAGAAACGGAAGGAGAAACAGGGAGGAGGAAG